UCGCAAGAGUGCAUCACGGCUUUCAACGACCUGAAGCUUGCCAAGAAGUACAAGUACGUCAUCUUCAAGCUGUCGGACGACAACCGCGAGAUCGUCGUCGAAGACGCUGCUGGCGGAAGAAGAAAGGAUUGGGAUGAAGGCUUUGCGGCAAAGCUUAUGAACGCCAAGACCAAGACUGUACGUGCAGAUGGGACCGAACCCGCCGACUGUCGCUACGCUGUGUAUGACCUUCAGUACGAUCUCGCAUCCGGCGAGGGCGUCCGAAACAAGAUUGCCUUCAUCACAUGGUCACCGGAUACUGCAUCUGUCAGAACCAAGAUGACCUACUCCUCGUCGAAGACUGCUUUAGAGCGUGCUCUCACUGGCAUCGCAGAGAAUCACCAUGCGUCUGACAGUAGCGAAAUUGAAUUCGCUUAUGUAGUGAACAAGGUUAGCAGAAACAAGGGCUUGGUAGUGUAA